CUAGCCACGCGUGCUGGGGUUGUUAAACGUCGAGGCAAUGUUGUGACGACUUUCAAUGCGCCGUCAAUGAGUUUCUUCGAAGCAAUGUUUGGAGACGAUUUCCCUGACGCUUUUGCGAAUGGCGAUGGCCGCAGCUGCAAGAGCAGGAAAACGUUGCUUGAUCUGCCGGCCGAGAUAUUGGAAAUCGUCUGCCAAAGCCUUUCGAAAUUGGACAUCAUGCGGCUUAGACUUACAAGUAGAGGGCUGGCUGAGAUGGUGGAGUUGCGCAUUGAGCGGGUUUACAUCUCUCCGAAUCGUGCGAAUCUGGAAUGCUUGAACACUAUUCUCAAUCAUCCUCGGUAUCAUCUGCGGGUGGAAGAACUAGUUUGGGAUGAUGCGCAGCUUGAAGACUACCCAACAUUUGAGAAGUUCCGAGAAGCACUCCAAUCUGAUCAGGAAAAGGCAAGGGCCGCCCUCGAAGAUCAUUUCUCCACAUUCUUCCAAAGCGGUGAUGGCAACGAUUCAGAGUAUGAGUCGAUCAGUGUUGAGGAUUGCAUACAAGAAGACGGAAUCUUGACCCAUAUCGGCAAAGCCAUCCUCCUCAGUGCCGACGACAAGAAAUCCAGAGAUAUCAUUGCGACUCAUGCCGCAUUAAUGAGCGUCGAGGACAGCUACGUCCUCUACCAGAAACUCUAUCAAGAUGAGAAGGAGAUCAUCAAACGUGGGUGGGAUGUGGCCGGUCUGCAGCGUGCAUUUACGCAGUUACCGAACUUGAGACGCAUUACUAUCACAAGCGAGGUCUGGAGACCAUGGAACCCCAUACCGUCUUACAACUCUCCUUUCUAUCGUGCUCUGCCACCGGGCUUCCGGAAACCUUCAGUGUGGCCUUGGGUCGAUCGUAGUCAUCUAGAUUCGCCUCAGCCUUUUUAUUUGGACCGGUCGAAACAAGACGUAUCCGAACAUCAUCUGCCAGCAAAAUGGAGAGGUUACAGCAUCAUCAUGUCUUCAUUGGUAGCAUCUCCGGCCACACAUUUACAAGAGUUUGUCUUAGAUGUAGGGAACGAGACCAUUGGCUUGCCUCACGAGCUCUUCGCUUUGCCGAACAUCGACUACACCAACACCAUACGGGUGCUUAGCACCACGCCCCUCAAGAAACUUCAGCUCUCUUUCAUCGAGCAUGUCACUUCCGGAUAUUCUGGUCCGGCCUCGGCUGACAUCGAUCUCCUUAUGUAUGUAAUAAGUGCUGCGCCAUACCUCGAACAUCUGGAUCUCAAGUGGAACACACUUCCGCACCAAACGAACAGUCCUUUCGCCGAUGGCUUUCUUGAGCAGAAUUGCCCCAGACUCAAACACGUUGCAUUACGACAUGCUAAAAUCGCGAGUGCUUGGUUGUACAACUUUGUCACGAACUCGGAGAACUUGGAGAUCGUUGUACUCGACAAGAUUGAAUUAGCU